AUGAGUUUCCGGAUUCUCUGGCCAGGAGAUUAUUGUGCUGAAAAAACAAGGUUAGCCUCUUUUACCUCCCUAUCGCUCUCUCUCUCUCUCUUUCCUGCUCCAGUUCUAGAAGCCGGGCAGUACUAGAUGAUGAGAUAAUCCUUGCUCCGCCUGUGCCAAUGUGCCAGCCUUGUAAAACAAGCACUAAACCCCUUUUUAAAGAUACUCGCAUGUGGUUAGUGUCCAGUCCUUGAGUCCUAGCGGAUGCACUGGUGCACAGGGACAGUUCUGUGGCCAGACACUCAUCCCUGCCUUUGACUAGCACACAACACUAGUCUGAUCAUCCCACACGAGGAGGAAUUGUCGAGGGGAUCGUGGAGAGAAAGACAUUCUCUUGAGCUGGUAAUAAGUCCCACGACAGUGGCAUUGCUGAGAUGGAGGAGCUUCCUGUUCCUCAGCACAUUAAAAUCACCAACAUCACAUGUGACUCCUUUAAGAUUUGCUGGGACAUGGAUGCUCGAGUAAAGGAGCGCAUCACACACUACUUCAUCGACCUCAACAAGAAAGAGAAUAAGCAUGCCAACAAGUUCAAACACAAGGACGUGCCCACUAAGCUGGUGGCCAAGGCCGUACCUCUGCCCAUGACGGUGAGGGGACACUGGUUCCUGAGCCCCCGCACCGAGUACACCGUAGCUGUCCAGACAGCGUCCAAACAAGGCGACGGCGACUACGCCGUGUCCGAGUGGAGCGAGGUAGUGGAGUUCUGUACGGCCGAUUACUCCACAGUCCAUCUGACACAGCUGCUGGAGAAGGCUGAGGUCACGGCCGGCAGAAUGCUGCCGCUCUCCGUAUUCUACCGCAACCAGCACAAAGAGUACUUUGACCACGUGAGGGAGGCCCAGAACAACAAGAUGGUGCCGUCGGUGAAGGACAACAGCGGCAGCCACGGCUCGCCCAUCAGCGGGAAGCUGGAAGGCAUCUUCUUCAGCUGCAACACGGAGUUCAACACGGGCGAGCCACCCCAGGACUCCCCCUACGGCCGCUACCGCUUCCACGUGCCCGCCGAGGUCCUUUUCAACGGCGACACCAACCUUUACUUCGCCGACUUCUACUGCAUGUACACGGCGUACCACUACGUCAUCCUGGUACUGGCGCCGCGUGACUCACCGGGUGACGAAUUCUGCAGGCAGAGGCUCCCCCUGCUGGACGCCACCAACAACCGCUUCCUGACCUGUGUGGCAAGUGAGGACGGGCGCCUGACCUUCCACCACGCGCAGGACCUCAUCCUGGAGGUCAUCUACACAGACCCGGUGGACCUCAGCAUGGGCACGGUGGCCGAAAUCAGCGGCCACCAGCUCAUGAGCCUGUCCACAGUCAACGCCAAGAAGGACCCCAGUUGCAAGACCUGCAACAUCAGCGUGGGCCGCUAGCAGCGCCUCACUACUCAUCUGGCCUCCAUCGCCCCCUGCUGUCCAGUUUGGCACAUUACACCCCCUCACUCCCUUUCCUGGGAUCUAUCUAAUUCACAGAAAAUCUCCCUUUAGGGGUCUGAAGACAGCAUGCAUCUCUCAGCUUUUUACCAAACACUUUUAUUUUUGGGUUAGAUAUACUGCAGCCCUAUUUUUCUAUCUAUGUCAAAAGGUUCUUGGUGGGAUCCAUUGCUCCAUGGAAAAGUAACAUUAGUUGUUUUGGUUUUUUAAUCCCCAUUGGCUGUGAAACUUUAAGCGAAGUUCCAUCACUUUAUAGAGCUUCGGCAUAAUAUUUUGCCAAAGGUGUCAACAUUAAGUAGCUCACAUGACAAGCUGCUAGAGUCAACCAUGUGUAGCCAGUUUCAAUGAGGCAUUAUAAAUGUGUAAUAAUAAUAGAUGGUUUUCGGAUAAUUCUAAAGAACAUGGUAGAUAUUCCUACAGCAUGGCUGUAAUAUAAACAACAAAAACAAGGACAUCGGCAUUUCUGUAAUUGUCUUUCUUCAGUGUGUCAGUUUACUUAAAACCAGAACCAUUAGCA